AAUAGAUGCAUGCUGGUGUAGCGUGGAAAUAGUAAACACAAUUCGAUCAAAUCUGGAAUGACUUCACUGCGCUAGAGACAAGACAAGAUGAAUCGUGGGAACUUUGCGGGGAGAGCUGGUAACAACAGAGGUGGUCCCACUAACAGAGGAGCUGGUGGUCCCACUUUCAGAGGGGCUGGUGGUCCGACUUACAGAGGGGGUCCCUCUAACCGAGGACCUGGUGGUCCCACUAACAGAGGAGCUGGUGGUCCCACUUUCAGAGGGGGUCCCUCUAACCGAGGUGGUCCGACUUACAGAGGGGGUCCCACAAACCGAGGUGGUCCCAACAAGAGGAAAUGGGUCCCGGACACCAAGACAUUCGAGGGGAGCUUGAGUGAAGGUCAAGGGUUUGCUUUUAGGCUUAAGCAAAAAGUCCAACAUGAGUACAACAAACUUCUGACGAAGGAGAGGAGGAAAAAGCUUCAACCCAAAUCCCAGCUCAAGGAGGAAUACCCAGAGCAUCUCAGACAUCUGUACGAGGCCGAAAGCGCCAAGCUGAAAAACGAAGCUCUUACAAAUAGAUCCAAACGAUCUCUUGCCCGAAUCAGUGUUCAGUCAGAGACGCAAGACACAGACAGCCCUGUUGUGAAGGAGGCUGACCCCCAACAAGCAGCCGGCACUGAAUCCACCGCUGGGGGCGGAGCUGUUACCGACCAGGGAGACGGCACCGCGCUGAAGGCUGAAGCGCCGGCGCUGAAGGCUGAAGCUCCAGCGCUGAAGGCUGAAGCGCCAGCGGCCACAGAGGAACCAAAGGAGGACUCUCCGGAACCGGCCAAACCGCUGCCCAUUAUUCCCAUGAGCAACCGCAUGAAGAGGAAACUGACGAGGAAGUCCUCCUACCAGGUCGCACAAGAGGAGUUUCAGGAGGCCAAUGAAAAGAGAAAGAAGAAGAAUGAGGAGUUUCUGACGAACAAGCAGAAGAAAGAGACUGCCAUCCAGAAAUACAAGGACAAGAAGAAAGAGAUGUUUCAGGUUUUGAGCAAAAAGACCAAGAAAGGACAGCCCAACCUCAACCUGCAGAUGGAGUACCUGCUCCAGAAGAUCCAAGGACCUCAGAAGUGACCCCAGGACCGGAAGGAGGAUUUAAUUUCUGGACUGUCGUCCUCUCCUGUGUUCUAUAACAAUGUGUCGAUCAAUAGUUGAUUCUGUUCACAAUUCGAGUGAGCCGUCUGAGUUGCAUCUGAGAGGGGCAUUUAUGUUAUCCUCAUUGACCUGAAUAAAUGCAUUUGGGCGUUGGAUUCUAGGCAACAACACUUCGUCCAAAUGAUGGUGCAUUUUAAAUUGUCUACCACAAGAUGGCGUGUGACAACAGGGAGUCACGAGUGUCCGAGGAAACUUCAACAGUGAAGUGUCGGGUCAGUCCCCCCAAACCUGAAGUUCAAAAUCCUAUUUUCCGGAUUGCCCUGCUGUUUUUUUUUUAAUUAUUACUUCGGAGCUUGAAAUGUUUUUGAAAAAAAGAUGACUUGUAAUGACUAAUAAAUAUAUAUCAUCCUUUA